CUGACUGUAUAAGCCAUAAGGUAUAUACUAAUAUUAUAACAAAAUUAUUAAACGCGCAGCGACGGUCUAUAUCAUUUUUAUAAUAUAUUAAAAUAACACAAAAAGUGCAUGUAUACCUAAGAAAUUAUCAGUUUGACUCAGUGAAUUUGUAAAGUUCUUCCUUUUCUUUUUGAAAAUUUUUUGUUUCGUUAAAUUUUCAGUUUAAAAACGAGUCGUAUUCGAUCAAAUGUCGGUCUAUUUUCGUACAAAUAACUAUUGUUAAGCUAAAUUUGUGAACUCGUUUAUUACUGCAAGUUAGGUUACCUACUACUUGCGAUGGCAAACAAUCGAAAAUUGGUAAAAUUGUUAUUGGUGGUCAAUAUUGUGUACAUUUGUAUCGAUUUUACAUCGACGAGGUCUCCGGGUCUUCAUCAAAAUAAAAAAUUGCCGAACAAAGCAGAAGAAGUCCAAUCGGUUGAAACUGAAAUAGCACCUGAAGUAUCGGAUGCAGGAGAGAAUAACGAUGAUCCGAAUGAUGCACCACCGGAAAACGGCAGAUUAAACAUGAAACGACGACCCAACGGCUGCCCGUUUUGCGAUUCUAGUGUAUACAGUUACUGCUCCGAUAAAUUAUUGCACGACGCCUGUUGUUGCUUGGAUCCGCAAGAUACAGAUUUACCAAAUGAAUGCCAAUUCGCGGAUUGUAGUUUUCUUCACUCAAAUACUUGCCGAGAACACCGUCUGAUCACUGCUUGUUGUUGUAAUCAGUUCCUCGCGCAUAAAAAGUAAACUAAUUAUAACUAUACAUUGUUACAGAUAUAUAUAUAUAUUGUUAAACUAAAUCAAUCAACAAACAAAUCAAUUUUUUACGAGUACAAUUUUUAAAUAUGUUUAAUAAAUGGUAAAAAUUAAAAACUACAUUGAUGUUAAGAACCAAUAGUCUUUAUAUUUUAAAUCUUCAAUAUAAAAUAGUUGUACAUCUUAUAGAUUUUAUAGUUAAUAAUUGGUAUUAGUAUUAUCAUAACUUACUAUAUUUAUAAAUUAUAAUAUUCAAAUGAGUAUAUUUGUAUAUAAGUACUUGAUUGUAUUUUUUUUUGAAUUGUAGGUAUUUGAGUAUCCUUAAUAAUGUCAUUUUUAUGUUUAAUGAUACCUAGAGGUACAACAUACGGGAUAUUUUUUCCAUCACAAAAUUCAAACUUUUUCAUUUUUACCCUACAUUUUCACUUAUAGAUAAUAGCGGGGGUAUGGGAUACCUAUACUUUUGCAUUAGUCAACGCAAUUUUUACAUAAUUAUUUUCCUUUAUAAUGAAAAUGUUGAUUCUAAAAUUUUGGAUUUAAAAUGUUUAUGAUAUACUGUAUACAUAAUUUUUACAAAACACUGAUGAUUUAUAUACAUUAAUAUUUUAAAAUAUUUUUGGCCUCAACAUGUUUCUGCAAACAUCCUUGAUAAUAAAUUAUAAUGUUAUGAAUUAUAUAUAUAUUUUAGUAUAUUAUUACAUCAACAAUUUUACACAACACAUAUUAUAUUAUUUUGGUAGAAUUUAACACAAUUUAUAAUACAUCAUAAGUUGUGAACUUUAUAAUAUGCAUUAGUGCAUUACAGAUACUAACAAUUUUAGAAUUAUAAAUUAUUUGUUAUAAAACUAACGAUCUAUAUUAACCUAGAAAAAAUAAUUAGUUGAAUAUAUUUUAAAAUAACGAUAAUUGUUAUUUAUAUUUUGAUUGAAAGUAAAAUUUAAUUUUAUAGUUUAUAAAUUUUUAUUUUAUAUUGGGGAAUAAUUGUAUUGUAGAUAUACUAUUUACAAUAUUCUAAAUUAAAUAUUUAGUUAGAUUUUAAUUAUGCCUAGAUAAUGUUACAUUUAUCCGGGAUUUCUAUAAAUGAAAAUGUAAAAUACUUAUAAUAUUUCUGUUGAAUAUUUUAUUAUUAUUAUUCUUGCUAUAUUAGAUACUAUAAAACUAUAUAAUAUAGUAUAUAUUUUAGCACAUUUUAGUUAUUAUUCCAGAUAUUGAAUAGAAUAGCACAUUAAGUAGGUAAUAUUUUUUUAUUUAAUGUAUCUAUAUAUACAUAUUAUGUCUGAUAAAUAAAUAAAAAAUAAGUAAAUUAUAAGUUUUAUUUGAAAUAAAAAAAAUAUACCUACCACUCGCGCACUUCCGAGAACGCAAAAUCUGUUUCAGUGAUGUAAAAAUUAUUUCUGUUUUUUUUUUUUUUUUGUUAUCAAUUUGUUAUUUAUUAUUAUUGAACACAUUUAUUUUUCAUAUUGUAUUUUUGAGUUGAAAAAAAAAUAAACAAUGAAUUAUGUAUUAUGCAUAAUUCAAAUUUACUUUUAA